AUGAUGGCCGAGCUGCCCAUGAGCUGCCCGCCCGCGCCCGCGCCGCCGGAGGACGCGCUCACAAAACCGUCGGACCAGCGCGACGACGCGCUCGCGCAGCUGCUCAAGGCGCGGGGCUACGACAGCCGCGGCUUCCACCCGUCCUGCCUCCGCGUCGUGCGCCACCGCAUCAUUCAGCGCCUGGCGGUGCUGGGCGUCGACGUCCCGGCGAACGCCGACGGCGUCGCGGCCUACGCGGCACUGGAGCGCACGGCGGCGGAGGACGCGGCGCUCGACGGCCUCUUGCGCAUCAAUUUCACGCAGUGGAACCGGAACCACGUCUUCGACUUCUUGCAGGCGCAGGUCUUCCGCCGCGUCGCGGACGCGGCGCGCGGCGCCGGCGACGCCGUCGUCCGCGCGUGGUGCGCGGGCUGCUCCACGGGGCAGGAGCCCUACGCGCUCGCCGCGUACUGGCGGCGCUGGGCGUCGUCGGGCGCGGGCGCGAGGAUGGGCGGCCAGCGCGACGUCGCCGUCGACGCGACGGACCUCGACGGCGACUCGCUGGCCGUCGCGCGCGCGGGCCGGUACCGCCUCGAGAUCGCGUCGCCGGGCGACAACGCGGCGAGCGUCGACAGCUUUUCAGACCUGCCCGAGGACGUGCGCGCGGCGCUCUUCGCCGUCGGCCGGGACGAGUCCGACGGCGCGGAGGCGGCGACGGUGAAGCCGCGGUUCCGCGGGAGCGUGACGUUCUCGUCGCUGGAUCUGCGCAAGGUCGAGGGCUUGCGCGAGGGCGCCUACCAUCUCGUCUUCUGCCGCCACAGCGGCUUCAUGUACCUGGCGAGGGCCGAGCGCGCGAAGCUCCUCGAGGCCAUCCACGCCGCCACGGCGGAUCAGGGCUUUUUGGUCGUCGGCCACGACGAGCGGCUCCCCGCCGGCGGCGCGCCUUUGUUCGAGCCCGUCUUCGAGGAGUGGGGCGUCUACCGGCGCCUCGCCGCGGAGGCCGCGGCCGUCGACGACGACGACGACGACGAGCGCAGCGACGACGGCGCGACGUUCCGGGCGCUCUACGACGACAGCGCGGCGCUCGACGGCCUCCGGCGCGAGCGGGAGGCGCUCGCGCGCAAGGUCGCCGACGUCCUCGGGAGCCGGGGCCUCGGCUGCUCGUUGAAGGACAUGAAGCGCCGCGGCGUCGACGCGAAGGCGCUCCUCGCGGACCUCCGCGCGCGGCGCCUCCUCGUGUCGCGGUCCAUCGACGAGCGCGCCGCGCGCAUCGUCGACGUCCAGACCGCCGCGGCGCCGCGCGUCGCGCCGCCGCCGCCGCCGCGCCGGGGCUCCCUGCCGCCCGUCAAGCGGCGGCGGCGACGCCAGACGAGCGCCGCCGCGGCCCGCGGCCCGCGACGGCGCGCGUCCCAUCGAGUGCCGAUGAGCCUCCUGCGUGCGAUCCGAUGCGUCGUCGUCGCGGCGCUCGUGCCGCAAUGCUCGUCGACGGGCAAGGGUCCCGUCGGGAUCUACGCCAUCGAUGCGCGCUACGUCGUGAUCGCCGACUCGAAUAUCAACGCGCUCCUCGUCGUCGACGCGAAGCUCGGCGGCGCCGUCGGCGCGCUGUCCUGGCCGCUCGACAAGAACGGCACGCGCGUCACGGCGGCCUCGGACCCGCAGACCUGGGUGUCGCUGACGGGCGUCGCGUCCUGCCCGACCUGCGGCUUCGCGUACGUCACUUCGAACCACGGCGCCGAGUUCUGGCGCGUCUCGCUGCCCGAGCCGCUCGCGGCCAUGGCGGCGCGCCGCGACUUCGCCGGCCUCGGCAACGCGUCCGUGGCGCCGCUCGCCUUGGUCGUCGACGGCGCGAACCUCACGCACUCGGGGAAGCUGCGGAUGGUGCGGGUCUCGGCCGACGGAAGCGCCGGGUACGUCGCGCACCUCUCCCGGGGCGUCUUCGCCUUCGACCCGCGCCGCACGGGCGCGGCGAUGCCCGCGAAACGGAUCCUCGAGGCCGACGGCGCCGCGGGGCUCCAGUUCGCCGACGACGAGAACGAGCUCCUCGCGACGACGAUGGGCGCCGUUUUGGUCCUGAAAACGCGGAACGCGUCCGCCGCGCCGCGGGCCGUGAAGGUCCAGUCGGCCUGCAACGGCCACCACGCGCGCGACGCCGUCAAGGCCGACGGCCUCUUCUACGUCAUCUCCGGGCCCCAGCAGGGCGCCGGGUGCAAGGGCCUCUUCGAGGUCGGCGAGGCCUGCCGGCUCCUCACGGCGCGGACCCGGAGCGUGAACUGGGUCGACGGCCCGUAUUCGGCGGCGCACUUCUCGCGGCCCCACGCGAUGACGCGGCUCCCGGGCACGGACCUCAUCGCGCUCACGGACAUCGACAACAGGGCCGUGCGCCUCUACGCGUUCCGCGGGCCCGCCAAGGGCGAGGUGACGACGGUGCCCUACGACGACGGCCUCUGGCGGCGCCUCCUCGGCGGCGCCCCGCGACCGCGGCCCGCGCGGCCGCAGGUCGGCGCCGCGGCGCCGCGCGCGCGCGACGGCGGAGCGGCCGCCGAGGCCUGCGCGGGCCGGGGGCUCGCGCUCUGCGGCGUCGCGGACCUCGCGGCGUCGGACGCCUGGGCCCGCGACCUCCGGCGCGCCGGGGCGACGAUGACGACCACCACGGCGACGGCGCUCGCGGCGAAGGCCACGGCGCGCGCGCGCGACUUCCUCGGCCUCGGCGCGGGCGCGCCGGGCGACGCGCCCGCGGCCCCGGCGCUCUGGACGAGCCAGCGCUGCGCGUCGUGCUGGCUCCACUGGCCCGGCGAGUGCCCGGCCACCGACCACGACAAGAACUCGAAGUCGUACACAAAAGCGACCUGGGGCCACGACCGGCGCCUAUUGGCCCGCGCGGAGCGCGACGGCGCGCUGCGGUACGAGUGCCGCAACGCGGCCAAGCCCGCGCUCACGGCCGACGACUUUACGCUGAAAUACGUCGGGGGCCUCUGGACGGACCAGCUCGUCGACGGCGGCAACGGGUCCUGCGCGAACAUCAAGUGGGUCAACUUCAGCCCCGACGACCCGCACAACGCGAACAACACGCAGUUCCACUGGCACUUCGUCGAGACGUCGCGGAAGCCCACGGGGCCGAUGUCGCUCGUGCAGCUCCACGGGUACCAGGAGUGGCUCCACGGCAACCUGAGCGAGGCGGCGAACCCGGCCGACGAGCUCGCGGACAUGCACAUGACCCUCGCCGCGGGGUCCUUGGACCCCUUCGCGGAGCUCUACCGGCGCGACGGCGUGCCCUUCUCGCCGCGCGCGCGCUUCAUCCCGGCGGAGAACCUCACGCUCUACAGCGUGCUCGUCGAGAUCCCCCACGGCAUCCUCGUGGAGAUCGUCAGCGACACCUUCGCGUCCUACGACGGGCCGACGGUCGCGUCCGGGGCCGACGACUGCGCGCCGCGGAAGAUCCCGACGGCGAACGCCGCGUACUUUUCGCGCCUCCGGACCAUCGAGCCCUACGGCGCCGAGUCCCUGCCGCCCGUCUGGCCCUACAGCAUGUCCUACGCCUCGACGACGCCCGCGGAGGCCGCGGCCUUCGUCGAGCGGCACAUGGGCGGCCUCGUCGUCGACCAGGAGCUGCCCGCGGCGUGCGGCGCGGAGAUCGCCAUCGGCCUCAACCACUUCGUGGGCUCGGACCCCUACCCCUUCUACAUCCAGUGGCUCCACCACCCCCGGGCGAAGCGCGGCUACAUGGACCUCGCGGGCAUCGAGGCCUACCUCGAGGCGCUCCACGGCAACCUCACGGAGGACAACUACGACCAGUACAUGGACGACCACCUCGGCAUGGAGGCCGUCGUCCGCGGCGACGACAGCUUCGGCGCCUUCGUCGGCGAGUGGCGCGACGCGAACGUCGAGUGGUUCCACCGCAUGGCCUCCUGGGACGGCGUCGACUCGUUCCUCGGCGCGCCGGGCGGCGUCAUCCUCGAGACCAUGGUCGCCGAGGCCAACGGCACGCGCUUCGACCUCCCCAUCGUCAACUGGGACAUCUGCUCCCCGCUCCCCGCGCCCCUCCCGAAGAUCCCCGGCCGCUUCAACGUUAACUUUUGUCUCUUUGAACACAAGCUGCCCCUCGGCUUCGUGUGGUUGCUUCGAGAGACGAGGUGGGCUGCAGCCGCGCGCGGGGACACGACCGACGGGGACCGCCCGCGGGGCCCCUCCCGAACCAUGCGGCCCCGGGCCGCGACGACGAGCGGCGACGACGCGUACCACGCCCACCGGAGCGGCUGGCACAACCUCUGCCGCGUGGACCGCAGCAAUUCGACGCCGAUGAUGCACUUCGACGGCCGGGGCGGGCCGGCGACGCCGCCGCGGCCGCUCCGCUUCCGGAAGUCCGCGGCCGUCCCGCCGCGGGUCGCCGAGUACGAGGACGCCGCGACGGCGCCGCCGCGCGAGCGGCCGCGGCGCAAGAGCGCGUCCGUGCCGCCUCCGAGCGCGGCCAAGUCGAGCUCCGCGGCCGGCGACGACGAGCUCGCGUCCUCCGACGCGGAUUACGACGUCGACGUCGUCCUGGGGAGCCCGGCGCGGCGCCGGGCCGACGACGACGCGACGUCGUCGUCGCUCUUCGCCUUCUUCCGGAGCCCUCUCCGCCGCGCGCCGGCGCCGCCGGACCCGCCGGACCCGCCGAGCCCGUCCGAGGCCGUGUCGCCCAAGCAGGAGCGCAUCAUCGAGCUCAGCCGCGAGUUCCCCUCGCCGCCGCCGCCGCUCCCGGCGGCCGAGGCCCUCGAGGACGCGGAGCCGCCCGACGGCUGCGAGGUCCUCGCCGCGCCCGCGCGCGACGGCGACGACGCGCCCGCGCCCGCCCCGACGCCGCCCGACGCCGGGCCCGAGCCCGUCCCCAAGAGCCCGUCGGCCGACGAGCCGGCGUCGCCCAAGGCGCGCGCCGUCGACGACCUGCCGCGCCGCGAGGACAGCCUCGCGAACCUGGCCUCGCUCGAGCGGCAGCCCGUGAAGAUCGUCGUCUCCGUGCACCGCGCGCGGCAACUCUUCAACGUCGGCGCGCCGGCGAAGGACAUGAACCCCUACUGCAUCGUGUCCUACGCGGGCUUCGAGAUCAAGUCGCGCCACGAGCCCGCGACCGCGGACCCGGUCUGGAACCUCGACGCGAUGCUCGACGUGCUCGUGCCCUUCCGCUCCGACGACGACUCCGUCGUGCGCCUCUACUUCUUCUCCGCGCGCACGGUCUUCGCGGACCGCAUGCUCGGCAAGCGCGGCCCCGCCGCGCGCGAGAUCGCGCUGUCGACGCUCUUCGACCCCGCGAAGCACUCCGUCGAGGGCACGCACCAGCUCAUGCGCCGGACCCAGCUCCCCAUCGUGCCCUGCGACACGAGCGAGCAGGACGGCCUCAAGCACACGCAGUUCAGCGGCACGCGCCAGGUCCAGCGGAAGUUCAACCCCUUCCACGACAACAAGUACCUCUACGGCCACGACCUCGGCACGGCCGACCUCUCCGUCUUCGCCAUAUGCUCGGACUUCCGGUCUUAA